AAUAGUCCACUAAUGAGUGUGAUAUGAUGUUGGUGGCAUUAGACCUGACACUUAAUUGGGGUUCCGUGUUUGACGUUGACGUCUAAGCUGGACUUGUUACUCUGCUCACUACGUUCAUCGAAGUUCCUUACAUUUUUUCUCCGCAAUGGAAACUGCUCAUCCACCAUCAUCAGUAGCUGCUCUUUGAUCUUGAGGUAGGAUGUACGCAUGCGCUCCUCAUUGGCUUCAUUGCACUGUCUGGAGUAAGUUGAAUGUACGCUGUCCUUCGCUAGAUCCAAAAUCCAACCAAAACAGUUGCAAUGGAGAGAAUCAGGAAAAGCCGAUCCGUUUUCGUCAUUGGUCCUUUAAUUAUGACCCUGGUUUGCGCGCAGAGAGACCCUAGCAAUAUGCCUGUGGUCAAGGAUACGGUGGAUAGAUUGAUGAAAGGAUACGACAUUCGGUUGAGGCCAGAUUUUGGAGGUGCUCCGGUGGCAGUCGGGAUGAACAUAGACAUAGCCAGCAUAGACAUGGUAUCGGAGGUGAACAUGGACUACACCUUGACCAUGUACUUCCAGCAAGCAUGGCGAGACAAACGUUUGUCAUACACAGAGAUUCCUCUCAACCUAACACUGGAUAACCGCGUGGCUGACCAGCUCUGGGUCCCUGACACUUACUUCCUCAAUGACAAGAAGUCCUUUGUGCACGGAGUCACUGUCAAGAACCGGAUGAUCCGUCUACAUCCAGACGGAACCGUGCUUUAUGGAUUGAGGAUCACCACCACGGCAGCCUGUAUGAUGGACCUGCGCCGAUACCCUCUGGAUGAGCAGAACUGCACCCUGGAGAUAGAGAGCUAUGGCUACACCACGGACGACAUCGAGUUCUACUGGAGAGGCGGGGACGGCGCCGUAUCUGGAGUGGAGCGGAUCGAGCUGCCACAGUUCUCCAUCGUGGACUACAAGCUCAUCUCCAAGAAUGUGGUGUUCUCCACAGGCUCCUACCCUCGCCUGUCGCUAAGCUUCAAGCUGAAGAGGAACAUCGGCUACUUCAUCCUGCAGACCUACAUGCCCUCCAUCCUCAUUACCAUCCUUUCCUGGGUCUCCUUCUGGAUCAACUACGACGCCUCAGCUGCCAGAGUGGCCUUAGGUAUCACCACGGUGCUCACCAUGACAACUAUCAACACACAUCUGAGGGAGACCCUGCCCAAGAUCCCCUAUGUGAAGGCCAUUGACAUGUACCUGAUGGGCUGCUUCGUGUUCGUCUUCCUCGCCCUGCUGGAGUAUGCUUUUGUCAACUACAUCUUCUUCGGGCGGGGGCCCCAGCGACAGAAGAAGGCGGCGGAAAAAGCUGCCUUGGCCAACAACGAGAAGAUGAGAUCUGACCCCAACAAGUGGUUGAUGGGAAAUGUAGUUCAGAGAGACGAUGCUCUGUAUGCCCGAAUGAAACAGAGGGAAAUUGACGCAUAUGACUCGAUGUGGGAUCCGAUCUUUGCAGAGGACGCGGCAUUAGGACUAGGCGAGCAAAGAAAUAAGAUGAACCCGGACGACAACAUCCUGCUGGGCACCCUGGAGAUGAAGAACGAGAUGGUGUCUUCCGACCUGUCCCGCGCCUUGGGCGGGGACCCGCGCAGCACCAUGCUGGCGUACGACAGCACCACCCUGCAGUACCGCCGCGCCGCCAUGGCCCGCCAGAACUACGGCCACAGCGCCCUGGAGCGCCACGCCACCAAGAAGAGCCGCCUGCGCCGGCGGGCUUCGCAGCUCAAGGUCAACAUCCCCGACCUGUCCGACGUCAACUCCAUCGACAAGUGGUCUCGGAUGAUAUUCCCCACCGUGUUCUCCUUCUUCAAUGUGGUCUACUGGCUCUAUUACGUCCAUUAGAAGGAGACAAGGCACUAGCAGUGGGGCUGAACUGAGGAAUUGUGUGUGUGUGUGUGUGUGUGUGUGUGUGUGUUUGUUGUGUGGGGAUGCAAUGAAAGGCAAACGAAAAGGAACAGUGCACUGAUUUUUUUCUUUUUCUUUUUUCCCCGUUUUUUGCUUAUUGUUUUUUUUUUUUUUUUCAAAAAAGAUGACAAUAAUUGUGAGAAAUCAAAACAAUGAAAACAACACCGAAGAUGGAAGAAAAAGACACUUUGGAGAAAGAAUCUGACAUCAGGAGUUUGGAUUAACUGAAUUUAUUCUGUGAAUGCUGGAAUGACUGACAGAGCGUGUGGAUAGUGUGGAAAAGCAAGAUUUUAAAGACAUGCGAUAUUGCGACGCCUGUUCCAGAGCUCCAGUUUAUCACGUAUAUUUGUCAUUCGUAGCAUAUUCUGUGGUUCAAAUAUUUAUGCUUGUGUUUGCAUAUACUUUUAAGACUUUGUUUUUCAGUUUACUAUACCUAUUUACUUCGUAGCCAAGCCAACUGCAUCCAUUUUUAAAAGGGGUCCUCCUUGAAAGCCUUUUUUUUUCUCCUAUAGUCGCUAUAUAUCAAACAUCUUUUUGAAAAGCAUGCUUCGGUUUGAUAUCAUUUAAAUCUCGGUUAUUGAGAUGGAGCACAAUGCAUUCUUAAUUUUAACUAGUUUUGGAAAAAAAAGUGUUAUUCUUUCAUAUGAGUUGUUUGGAUUCCAUGCAGACCACUGCCUCAGAAAAACCAACGACAACCAGGGUCAGAGUCUGAAAAUCUUUGGUUUUAGCGGGGUGACAUGUUUAGCGACCGAUGAGAAGAACUUUUCGCCAUAGGCCACAUGACUCUCUAUGGUGCUUUUACCGGAACAGGAGACAUCAAGCUUGACAUGGGAAUUAUGGGGAUUCUGACCAUAAAAAUAAAUCACUGCCCUGACUUCAGAUUGGUACCUCUCCCGCCCUUCUCUCGCGGCAUUCGGACUCGUGGUCCAGUCAGCCUUCUCCAGAGCUUUGUCCCUUUUUUUGGCCAUCGCAAUGAUUUGAAUCGCUGCAGUCCACACCUCUUUUCUGUACAAAAAAAAACAAAACCCAGUGUAUGGUGUGCAGCUGAGGCCCUGCCAGGGCUGUCCUUUCAUCUUUUCAAGUGUACCAUCUUUCAAACGUGCUACGCACAGCUGGGACCAGACAUGCCGGGAUUGUUUUUUUGGCCUUUGACCUUUGACAGUGCAAAGCACAGGCCAGGAAGGUCUGUCGGUAUCAACUGUAAACCAUUGUCAUAAUCGAUAGAUUUCAGUUUCAUAACCGUAGAUGAUGUUUUAAAAAAAAAAAAAAAUACACAAUUUUAUAAUUAUAUAGGUAUUCUCAAAUGUUGAUGUAAUUAAUCAUUAUUUAAAGGUAUUUUUUGGUGUAUUAGGUUUCUAAAUGUUGGUUACUUUGGGUUACAAAGGGAACAAAGUACAGUAUUCUCAUCAACCAACACUGAGAACAUUUUUUCCAAGGCCUCAAAGAGCACAUAUAUGUAUAUGAAAAAUAUAAGAUUUAUCUAAUACUGAGUUUAUCUGUACAUAGAUCUUAAUCCACUGGGAAUUACCAUCACAAAAUAUGACAGCAUCGGGAUUCUGUAAUCAAGACAUCUGUCAAACAUUUUUUUGUAUAAACUCCUGUAAAUUAUAACAAUAUUUCAUAAUGACCUGUAAAUAUAUCUUAUGUAAUGAUUGUCAGCAAUUACAAAAAAAAUGUAUCUAAAUUAAAUUAUUAAAAUGAAACAAAUACUA